CCGGUUGCAGGCUUAUCGAGUCGUGUUUACUCCGGUAUCGAGAGCUGAGGUCCACCCUGCCAUGUUCUGUGUGACCCCGAGACUCCACCGUCUUUCCGAGGUUUUUCGAGGAGGGCCAUGACUGACCCGGUUUAGCCGGGCGGCGGUUUUCCUGCCCCGAGCCCGUGUAGCUCUCAGUAACUAAGCGCUUUAAAGGUGAGCUGGCUCCAGUGCUAGUCCAGCUAGCUAGGUUGGUUAGCUGAGCACCGCUGGAAAUAAUAACAGACCUCCACCAUCUCCUCCACUGAAGCUAGCUGCUGUUAGCGAAGUUUGGAGCCAUGUCUGGGGAGGUUCGCUUGAAGAAGCUGGAGAAGCUGGUUCUGGACGGACCCUCUCAGUCCAACGGCCAGAGCCUGAGUGUGGAGACCCUGCUGGAUAUCCUCGUCUGUCUCUACGAUGAGUGCAACAACUCCCCUCUCAGAAGAGAGAAGAACGUACUGGAGUUUCUCGACUGGGCCAAACCCUUCACCUCCAAGGUGAAGCAGAUGCGCCUGCGUAAGGAGGACUUUGAGAUCCUGAAGGUGAUUGGCAGAGGGGCAUUUGGAGAGGUGGCUGUUGUAAAGGUCAAGAAUGCAGACAAAGUAUUUGCCAUGAAGAUCCUCAACAAAUGGGAGAUGCUCAAGAGGGCUGAGACGGCAUGCUUUCGGGAGGAGCGGGACGUGCUGGUGAACGGGGACAGCCAGUGGAUCACCACGUUACAUUACGCCUUCCAGGACGAGAACAACUUGUAUUUGGUGAUGGACUACUACGUUGGUGGAGAUCUGCUGACACUGCUGAGCAAGUUUGAAGACCGGUUGCCUGAGGACAUGGCCAAGUUCUACCUGGCAGAGAUGGUGUUGGCUAUCGAUUCUGUGCACCAGCUGCACUACGUUCACAGAGAUAUCAAGCCAGACAACAUCCUGAUGGACAUGAAUGGUCACAUCCGAUUGGCUGACUUCGGCUCCUGCCUCAGACUUAUGGAGGAUGGAACGGUGCAGUCUUCUGUUGCUGUGGGAACACCAGACUACAUCUCCCCCGAGAUCCUGCAGGCCAUGGAGGAUGGGAAAGGCAAAUACGGGCCUGAGUGUGACUGGUGGUCUCUGGGUGUGUGUAUGUACGAGAUGCUCUAUGGUGAGACGCCUUUCUACGCUGAGUCACUGGUGGAGACCUACGGCAAGAUCAUGAACCACAAGGAGAGGUUCCAGUUUCCAGUGCAGGUGUCAGACGUGUCUGAGGAAGCAAAGGACUUGAUGCGAAGGCUGAUCUGUUCUCGAGAGCACCGGCUGGGCCAGAACGGCAUCGAGGACUUUAAAAAGCACCCGUUUUUCUCAGGCAUCAACUGGGACAACAUCCGCAACUGUGAGGCCCCCUACAUCCCUGAAGUCAGCAGCCCCACUGAUACCUCCAACUUCGACGUUGAGGACGACUGCCUCAAGAACUCGGAGACAAUGCCGCCCCCCUCCCACACAGCAUUCUCCGGACACCAUCUCCCCUUCGUUGGCUUCACGUACACCAGCAAAUGCUCUCUGUCAGACCGGGGUUGUCUGCGGGAGGCCGGUGGCUCUGACCAGGUGGAUGCUGGGAUACAGAGGAGUUUAGAGGACAGCCUAGCCUCUGAGGCAUACGAGAGGAGAAUCCGCCGUCUAGAGCAAGAGAAGACUGAGCUCAGCCGCAAGCUUCAGGAGUCCACUCAGACAGUACAGGCUCUGCAGUACCCUAAUUCAGAUGUGCCAGUCAAUGCCAACAAGGAGGUGGAGAUAAGAAGCCUGAAGAGUGAAAUAGACAUCUUAAAAAAGCAAAUAGCAGAUUCUGGUCAGCUGGAACAGCAACUGGAGAAAGCUAGCCUUGCACGAAGGGAUCUAGAAGAUUCUUCCAAGACCAUCAGGACUCUGGAGAAACAACUCAAGAGUGUCACACAAGAGAAAGAGGAUCUGCACAAGGAGCUGCUGGUAUCGGAGGAGAAGCUGAAGGCUCAUGGGAAAGAACUGAAGGAGGCACACAGUCAGAGGAAGAUGGCCAUGCAGGAGUUCUCUGAACUGAAUGAGCGCCUUACAGAUGUUCGCUCCCAGAAGCAGCGGCUGGCCCGCCAGCUCCGUGACAAAGAGGAGGAGAUGGAGGGCCUGUCUCAGAAGGUGGAGAACCUGCGACUGGAGGUGCGCAAGGCGGAGAGAGCACGCAAAGAGCUGGAAGCACAAGCUGAGGAGCAGGCGGCCGAGGCUCAGAAAGAGCGGAAGCUGCGAGAGAGGAAUGAGCAGUACAGCAGACAGCUGGAGGAAGAUCUGGAGGGCAUGAAGGAGUUAAAGCAGACCGGUCCCUCUCAUGCUGCUGUGGGUUCGGACCAGCAGCAGGAAGUUGGGCGUCUGCGGGCAGAGCUGGAGAAGAAGGGAGUACAGCAUGAGGAGGAGCUGUGCCGGCGAGAGACACUUCACAGCACGGAGUUAAAGAGCCUCAGGAAGGAGCUCCGUGAAGCAGAGGCUCAGCACCUUACUCUACAGAAAGAAAUCCUCAUGCUCAAAGACAAACUAGAGAAGACGCGCAGAGAAAGCCAAAGUGAACGUGAAGAGCUUGAGGCUGAGUGCAAGCAGAAGUAUGAACGGGAAAGAGUGCAUCUGAUGGACGACAACAAGAAGCUCAACAGUGAGCUGGAGAAGAUCACCUCCCUGUUUGAGAAGCUGAGCAGUAGCCACAAGCAGCUGGAGGAGGAGAUGAAGGAGCUGGCUGAUAAGAAGGAGAGUGUGGCCCACUGGGAGGCCCAGAUCACAGAGAUCAUUCAGUGGGUAAGUGAUGAGAAGGACGCUAGAGGAUACCUUCAAGCCUUAGCCACCAAGAUGACUGAGGAACUUGAGGGACUGAGGAACACCAGCCUGGGAGCCAGAGGGACAGACAUGCCGUGGAAGAUGCGUAGAUUCGCUAAGCUGGACAUGUCCGCACGUCUGGAGCUGCAGUCUGCGCUGGACGCUGAGAUCAAAGCCAAACAGGCCAUCCAGGACGAGCUAAACAAAGUCAAAGCUUCCAACCUGUCCACAGAGUGCAAAUUACAGGAGUCUGAGAGCAAAAAUCAGGACUUGCUGGCUGAAAUUGAAAAACUGAGGAAAGAGACUGAGGAGCUCCGUCACAGGAGGGGUGUGAAGCACCAGGACUCCCAGAACUCUAUCUUUGCCUUCCUCAAUGCUCCCACCUCUGCACUGGACCAGUUUGAUCGCUCCCCUUCUUGUGGUCCGGGAAGCAAAGGCAGACGUCUCGACUCAGCUGAUUUCACUCCCUCCAACACUCCGUCACGAGACGAGGACUCUAAAUCUCGCCGCAUAUCCCGCUCACGCUCACCCUCUACCGCCAGUGACUUGGAGCCCAUUGAGCUGGUGGACCACCCUUCCUCACGUCUUCAAACCCCAACGGGCCGAUCCUACAGCAGCCUAGGCCACUCCUCUCCUAAACCCAAGGCCCAUCAGUUUGUAGUGAAGUCCUUCAGCGUUCCCACUAAGUGUAACCAGUGCACCUCACUGAUGGUGGGCCUCAUCCGUCAGGGCUGCACAUGUGAAGUGUGUAAUUUCUCCUGUCAUGUGACGUGUGCGGACAAAGCCCCCGCUGUGUGCCCAGUUCCUCCUGACCAAACCAAGGGUCCUUUAGGCAUCGACCCACAGAGGGGCAUCGGCACUGCGUACGAGGGUCACGUCCGGGUGCCGAAGCCCACAGGUGUGAAGAAAGGCUGGCAGAGGGCUCUGGCCGUGGUGUGCGACUUUAAACUCUUUCUGUAUGAACUGGGCGAGGGCAAAACCACACAGCCCAGUGUGGUGGUCAGCCAGGUCAUCGACAUGAGGGAUGAGGAGUUUUCAGUAAGCUCAGUCUUGGCCUCAGAUGUCAUCCAUGCGAACAAGAAGGAUGUCCCCUGCAUAUUUAGAGUAACAGCAUCUCAGCUUUCACCCUCAUCCAGUCAGAAAACAUCCAUACUGAUCUUGGCUGACAGUGAUCAUGAACGCACAAAGUGGGUGGGGCUGCUAAACGAGCUGCACCGCAUCCUGAAAAAGAACAAACUGAAAGAGCGCUUCGUCUAUGUGCCUAAAGAAGCCUAUGACAGCACUCUGCCUCUUAUCAAAACCACUCAGACUGCUGCUAUUAUAGAUCACGAGCGUGUGGCUCUAGGCAAUGAGGAAGGCCUUUAUGUGAUCCACGUCACCAAAGAUGAGAUCAUCCGGGUGGGUGACAACAAGAAGGUGCACCAUGUGGAGCUGCUGCCCUCCGAGCAGCUGCUGGCCGUCAUCUCGGGCAGGAACCGCCACGUGCGCCUGAUCCCCAUGGCUGGUCUGGACGGACGGGAGACUGACUCCUUCAAGCUGCCUGAGAGUAAAGGCUGUCAGACCCUGGUGUCUGGAACGCUGCGCAAUGGCGCCCUCACCUGCCUGUGUGUGGCCAUUAAGCGUCAGGUCAUCUGCUACGAGAUCAACAAGGGCAAGGCCCGACACAGACGUCUCCGGGAGAUCCAGGUCCCCGGAGUGGUCCAGUGGAUGGCGCUGCUGAAUGAUCGUCUAGUGGUGGGCUACCAGGCGGGCUUCAUGCGCUACAAUGUUCACACUGACAGUCUAGCAGUAAGUCUCCUGCACCCUGAGGACCACACGCUGGCCUUCAUCGGGCAGCAGGGCCUGGACGCUCUGUGUGCCGUGGAGAUCUCCAGCAAGGAGCUGCUGCUGUGUUUCAGCUGCCUCGGGGUGUAUGUGGACACACACGGCCGGCGCUCACGCCAGCAGGAGCUGAUGUGGCCCGCUGUACCCACAGCCUGCUGCUACAGCGCCCCCUACCUGUCUGUGUACAGUGAGAACGCAGUCGAUGUUUUUGAUGUGAACACUAUGGAAUGGAUUCAGACCAUCCCUCUUAAAAAGGUCCGGCCCUUGAACAUGGACGGCUCUCUGAAUCUGCUGGGCUUAGAAACAGUGAGACUCAUCUACUUCAGAAACAAGACUGCAGAGGGAGAUGAGCUGGUGGUUCCAGAGGUGUCUGAUAACAGCCGGAAGCAGAUGGUGCGCAGUAUGAAUAACAAGAGACGCUUCUCUUUCCGCAUACCUGAGGAGGAGCGACUGCAACAAAGGAGAGAGAUGCUGCGAGACCCUGAGAAGAGGAAUAAGCUGAUUUCAAAUCCCACCAACUUUAACCAUGUAGCUCACAUGGGUCCUGGCGACGGCAUCCAGAUCCUUAAGGAUUUGCCGAUGAAUGUUCGUACCCAGGAGAAUCGGCCUGGUUUCAGUGCUUCAGUCAGUAUCCCGUCCAUGGCUAAAACUCGGGCAGAACCAGGCCGGUCCAUGAGCGCCAGCAGUGGUCUUGGCAUACGUUCUUCAGGUUCAUCACAGAAUGGCAAUGCUCUAAGGAGGGAGCUGUCGAGUGGAAGCUAUAGCUCCAAGCGCCAGACAAUGACUUCUCCAUCUGAAAGCUCACUGUCUUCAGGAGGAGGAAUGGACAUAGGAGAUGCACCGCUGUCCCAGUUCGACAGAGAGGCUGUGUCGCCCUCGGAGAAGACGCCCGAUCUGAAACGGGCGUUGAGGACUCUGCUUAGUAAAAUGAAGGAUUCAGAUUCUCCUCGACACUCCACUGCCUCCAACAGCUCCACCUUCAGCAGCCCACCAAGCCCCGCCUCCCCGCACAAGACCAAGUCCCUCUCACUGGAGAGCACGGACCGCAUGGGCUGGGACACAUGAUGGACAGCAGAUCUAGACCAAUCACAACAUGCCCUGGCCAGGCUUGACACAGGCUCCUCCUUCCCUCCCUCAUUCCUGCCCAUGGAACUGCACCCAGCACUCUAGGCCCCUCCCACUUCAUUCUGCGAGCGGUUCCUGAGUAAGGAAUACACAGGGAGGAGGAUGCUGGACUGUGAGCAGGUGUGACUUGUGCGAGUGAGUCAGUGAGUGCGUGUAAAUGUGUGUAAGUGUGUGUUUGAGUGUGUCGGUGUAUGGCCAGGGCGUUAGUUAGAACUGGAAGUAAAACGUUCCCUCUACAUCUGGCUUUGAAGCUUUUGACUGGUGAAAAGCAGAAGCUUCAGAGCGUUACUGGCUGGACUUCAGCCUCUCUCAUUCCAGACGGAGAGGGAGAACCUGUGGGUUUUAUCUGGCAUUUGUAUAUAGACUGGGGUGUUUUUGGGAGGGGUGAACUUAUUUAUUUCUCAGUCCAACACUAUAGCUGUUGAAAAACAGUAUUGUUUCCUUCACUUCCAUCUAACAACUGUGGACCAUACUGACUGCUGCAUUCGUGGAGAGAAGAAAAAAAGACCAAAACAUGGCAACCUGUAAUUCCUUUGCUCUAGAAAGUGAUUCGUGCAGAGACUUCUCAUUGGCUGCAGCUUUCCUCGUGAUACGCUCCCAUCACUGCUUCAUCACUCGCGUCCUGCUGUAGAGUCCUGCGCUCCUGUAGAAGCAGAAGCUUCUCCUCCUCUCACUUUGUCUUCACAUCUUCAGUUCUUACCAUAUUUUUCAGACUCGACACAAACGGAAAACUUCCAUAGAGCACCACUGACCUGUGAAGCCAAUUUUCCAUCACAAUAAUGUACAUAGGUUAAAAGUAUAGUAUAAUAUAUAAUAAGGAGAUACUGUAGAAGGAACAGAGAAAUCCUUUUGUUUAAUUUAAAAUUGUUUAAUGUACCCAGGCCAUUAUUUUACAUUUUUAUUUGCAUUUUGUCCUUUUAUUUGACCAUUUUUUUUUCUCUUAAAAAAAAAACCAAAACAUUUGUUUUAUGAUUAAAGACUUGAGUCAUUGUGUUGCUGAAUGUUUAAACUAUAACGGGGGAAAAGAAAAUGGAAGCAUCUCUUUAUUGUGAUCCUAUUUUCUCUAUUGUAAGAGAUAGCACUAUGUAUUAACACAUGAGAUUAGUAUUAUUAUGAGAACACCAAACAAUGUUUGUAUUGUACCCCAACAAACGCUUUUGAAAAUCUGCCAAGGAAGAAAAAAAUGUAAGAAGAAUGUUUGUUUAAAUUUUUGUUUAAGGUUGUUUUUUCAGCCAGUUUUAUUUUAUUCCCAAAGAUAAAGUCGAACAAUGUAGCCACUUGUUGAGAGAGAGAGAGAGAAUGUGUGGGGGAGACAGUGUUGUUGAUCCCGUUAUUUAAUUGCACAUCCACUACCACUUUACUACUAUUGUGAACAGUUCACAAUUCUACUUUAUUAUUAUGAACAACAAGCUGGACAAGAAUGCUUUUUUUCUCCCUGCACAACUUUGAAGAAUAAGUUGUUGUCCUUAAUAGCCUUGCCUUGGUGUUUAACAAUAAAACCUCCACCGACCUGAGGGUUUUCAUAUUGUAUAAUAUUAUAUUAAACAACACUCUGGAGAGCAGUUAGUUAUGUGGAACCUUGGGUGGAAGCCUCUGUUAAAUUCCCCACUGAAUAUUGUGUGUUAAGAAUUGCACUCAACCAAUGUAUUUAGAUCAUGGACAUCUACUUACUAAUUUGCUUGUAGGACUGCUGGUUGUUGUUUGUAGAAAUCCUUAGAAAUCAUUAGAUCUGUACGUUUUUAUUCUUUUCUUCUUGCUGAGAAAACAUUACUAGCGAUGUUCACUUUACCCGAGUCCAACAAUCUUCUGUUGCUGUAAAAUCAUGACCAAGAGGGAAUUCUUCCACAUGCAGUUCUAAUAUUCCAGAGCACUUCUAGAGGCUCAUCAACUGGCUCUCAACUCAGGAUUUCUCAAUACCAUUCUACCUGUAGCUCCUGCUCACGGGUGAAAUGUUGAAAAAGAGAACACCCAAGGCAGCUUUUACCCAAAUGCAGUGAUGUUUAUAAUGAUGCACACGGGCAAGGGGCCAUUUGAACAGUCAGUCAGAGGAGCCAGUCCAUUAGAAAAUGCUUCAGCGUUUCAGUGGUCUUAUCUACUUUACCUUUAAUGUGCUUUCAUAUAUCACCUUUUUUUUUAGAAUAUGUUUUGUAAUAAUUUGUACAGUUUUGCAUGUCAUAGAUGUAUUAAUUUCUUGGUUUCAUUCCAUGGUUGUAUUCAGUUUUGUCACUAUGUUUUGGUGGGGGUGUGUUUUCCUGCGGAGAGCACAGCGAAUUUAAAACAGGAGGUGGAGCAAACAAAUGGAUUGAACUGGCCACUAAGCGAAUGUGGAGAACAACGUAUUAUAUUAACCUGACUUCGAUAUAAUUCAAUAAACGAAGGGAGACGAAACAUGCGA